ACGUGGCGAGGUCCGCACAGAUGCGGCGCUCCAGCCUGGAAAGCGGCACCCACUGCUGGGCAGGCCUUCCGAGGAGCCCUCAGGACAAGAGGGUCAGAGUCUCCCAGCCCUUGACAAGAGGACCAAGUGCCUUUAUUCCAGAGAAGGAAGUCACCCAGGCAGACACGGCGGAGCGGACAAACCUGCUCGUGGAAGAGUACUCCACCUCCGGCCGCCUGGACAACGUCAGCCAGGUGAUGGGCCUGCACGCGCAGUACCUGGAGUCCUUCCUGCGCGGCCAGUUCCUCAUGCUGCGCAUGGACGGGCCCCUGCCGCUGCCCCACCGCCACUACAUCGCCAUCAUGGCUGCUGCCAGGCACCGGUGUUCUUACUUAAUCAACAUGCAUGUGGACGAAUUCCUCAAGACAGGAGGCAGUGCCGAGUGGUUGAACGGCCUGGCGUAUGUGCCGCAAAGGCUGAGAAACCUGAACGAAAUCAAUAAGCUGCUCGCGCACCGUCCCUGGCUCAUCACGAAAGAGCACAUUCAGGAACUCGUCAGGACAGGGGAGAACAACUGGUCUUUGCCAGAGCUGGUGCACGCGGUGGUGCUACUGGCCCACUACCACGCGCUGGCCAGCUUCGUCCUGGGCAGCGGCAUCAACCCCGAGAGCGAGCCCUCGCAGCCCACCGUCGCCAACGGCCUGCACCUCCUCUCCCUCAGCAGCUUCUGCGUCUGUGACCUCGCCAACGACAACAGCAUCGAGAACACAUCCCUGACGGCCGACAGCUUUGGGAUUGUAGACUCUCUCAGCGAGCUAGAGGUCUUGAUGCAAACGAUGAAGAGGCUUCAGGACGGCAGGGAAGAGGAGCAGGUGUCACCAGAAGAAAUGAACUCUCGCUUCGACAAGGAGACAAAGGACAGUCUGUUCGUGGUUUCUGGGGACUCUCUGCAGGCCUUCCCGCUCUCAGACUUUGAGGAUGACCCGAUUCUAACUGCAGACGUCUCCCGGUACAUUGAAGACCCUGGCUUUGGGUACGAGGACUUUGCCAGGCGAGGAGAAGAGCACUUGCCAACAUUCCGGGCUCAGGACUACACCUGGGAAAACCACGGCUUCUCCCUGGUGAACAGACUCUACUCUGACAUCGGGCAUCUGCUGGACGACAAGUUCCGCAUGGUCUGCAGCCUCACGCACGAGGACGUGGACACCAGCACGCUGCACAGAGCACUCUUCAACUAUGUCCACUGCAUGUUUGGAAUCAGGUAUGACGACUACGACUAUGGAGAAGUGAACCAGCUGCUUGAGCGGAGCCUGAAGGUCUACGUCAAGACGGUGGCCUGCUACCCCGAGAGGACCACCAAGCGCAUGUAUGACAGCUACUGGCGGCAGUUCAGACACGCGGAGAAGGUGCAGGUCAACCUGCUGCUGAUGGAGGCCCGCAUGCAGGCCGAACUGCUGUAUGCGCUGCGCGCCAUCACGCGCCACCUGACUUGAGCGCAGGCCCCAGGACCUCGCUGGCGGGAUAUCCUCGGGGCUGUCUGUGAGGUGGCGGAGUGACGCGGCCCUCCUGGCGGGGCGGCAGGUGGAGGCGCAGCCCCUCCUGCUUGGGGCGUCGGGACCGUCUCUCACAUUUACCUUCAGUGCUUUGAGGUGUGUGCGUGUGGCUCCCAUCUGCCAGGGCCCAGCGAGGGGUGAGCCCCUCUGGCAACAGGAAGCUGCUCACCCGACAGACACGUCCUGGGGGACGACUGGUCAGGCACUGUUGUUCUUACUGCUAUUGGUGAUGACGUGAAAAUGUGAUGCAACCAUUGUCCAUAAUCUAAUGUGAAACCGAUCAUGACAGACCCUAGCACAUGCUACUGAAGGCCACGUCCAGCUGCUCUCGUGCCAGAUGUGUACCUGACAGCCCUGGCCGCCCACACUCAGCACCCUGCCCCUCAGAACUGACCCAAUGCUCCUCCCAUGCUCACUUCUCAGUCUCCUCUCCUACUCAGAGACCUUUAUCAUGUCCCGCCAGGCCAGUAGCAGCUACUUCCCCGGCAGAUCAAGCAGCUUACAUUCAAGGAAAAGCAUGUCUCUGUGCAUUAACAUGUACCAUGCAAUACGUCAACACGCCAGCCUCCCCCACUGUCACUGCAGAAGUGCCCUUUCAACCAGAUCCAUAGAGAAAGUGGGCUCAGGUUUCUCUAUCGCCUAAGGCUUUCGGCUUCCUGGGGUUGAAGAGUGUUUCCUAAUGCCAAAGCAUCCCCUCCCCGAGAAAGUCUCUUUGGACAGCUGGUUAAAAAGGGGAUCGAGUGACAGGGGAGAAAUAAGGUUCCCAGAAGUUGGUUGCUGUGGCUCGCUGUGACUGUCUGGGAGCUCAGCCUGUGCGUUUGUAGCUUUAAUCGGCAUCCCGCUCACAAGCCAGUGCGAGCCUCUUAGACGCUCUGGCGGGAGCCCUGCACAGCCCCUGGGGGAGGGGAGUCACCUCCUGGUUUGCACAGACUUGAAGUUACUGGCUCAGACUUUUUACAGAUGAGAUGACAGAGGGAAGCCUAUAAACCUACUCACAACAAAGUUCUGCACAUUCAGAUUCCAGAAUGUGGCCCGAGACCUGCCUCGUAAGGGAGAAAAUGCUACUCAAGAUGGCACGGUCCUCAGAGUACUCGGCUUGCCCCGGCCUCGCUGGUGUGUCUUGCUUGCUAGAGAAGCCGAGUGUGCUGAGAUGGGUCCCAGGCGCCUCCCAGUUCAGGCUUCCACUGGCUUUUGUCUGUGCUGUGACCCCUCACUUGCUAGUCCUGUGAGUCAUCCCCGGGGAAGUGGACAUGCAGGUUCUGGCUGCGGGACUGGGUCCCGGGAACUCUGAUGCCUCACUAGCGGGCUGUCCUACCAGAGGCUCUGUCACCUGGAGCCAGGGCCCGGCCACCCCGCCACGCACUUCUGCCCUCCUGGAGAGCCAGUUCUGAUGGGACUCAGCACCCGAGAGGCAGCCAGUGCACACUUGAAGCUCUGAUACGGUUUCCAGAGGGUAUUUCUUCAGAGCAUUGCAUUUACUCUAUAGUAAUUGAUAGUAUAGCCUUUUAUACUAAGAUGUGAUAUUUCAAAGCUGUCUGGCUCCUGGUGUCGUGCUGUGAUGUGCCAAACCCCUCCGUGGCUCCCCGCCUCUCACAUCUCCCCAAAACUGCCCCAGCUCCCAUGGGAGCACCUGGUGUGUGAACCAAGUCUGUUUCUUCCCAAACUCAGGAAGACUCUUUCCCUUCGGGGGACUUUGUGAGUAGAAGAUGGCUGUCGGGAGCGCUGGUGGGCUGCAAGCCGUGCUUCACCCGCAGCAGCUGGGCAGGGCUGCACUGGGGCUCCAGGGAGAGGGUGGGUCAGGAGCAAGUCUGCAUCGAGCUCCUGUUCAGAUGGUGUUGUCCGAUCCUCAGAGGACCUCGCCCCACAGCGCCUUCCCUCCACCGGCGGGUGUCACGCCAUCCUACACAUCUCAGGUGCUCCGGCUGCAGGGACUGCAUGGGAGCUGCUUGCCUCUUGAGGGCCGAGGGUGUGCGUUAAGGCGCGUCAGAGUGGAGGAUAGUUAAGAACAGAUCCCAGUGCGUGUGAUGAAGCGGCUUUGCGGCUUCUGUACUGUGUUCAGAGCCGGGUCAGGACCCUCCCUCUAGAAAGCCAGUCCUGGCAUGGUGGCCUGUCCCCAUAGGUCGCGCCAAGGCUGUCCACACGGGAGGAGGCUGGAGGCAACACAGGCUCGGCAGGCCUGGCACAGCCAGAACGAGGAACCCCAGCUCCCCAGCGUGCCCGCUGCUCCUCGGUCCUCCAAGUGCCUCCACGAGUGUGCUCCCCUCCGGCCCUGGGUCCAGACGCCUUUGACAGUGCAGACGUCACCAGCUGCCUGCUGAGUCACCAGCACUUCCCUAUGACCUUCUCCAUCAAUGGUGUGGCUUUGUCCUGCACCCUUGGCCCUCCACCACAGUGCCACCCCACCUGCCUACUCCGCUACCUCAUUCCUGCCCCCACUUCAGGAAGGCUCUGUUGUCCACUAAUAGGACUUCCUAUUUUUAGAUAAAUCAGAGCUUUGCUUUCUAUCAAGCAGAAAUCUGUAUAUCCUUACGUGGCACAGAGAUCCAUCUGUCUGUAUGCUGAGGCACCACCAGGCCUGGAGUGGAGUCCCGGCGGCCUGCCCCCCCCCCCCACGUGUAUGCAGAAGGGUCAGCUUGGAGAGAGCGUGCUGUGGGGCUGGGGUGGGGGGGCACCAGCCUCUGCUGGGAAGUAGAUGGUCUUGGUCUCCAGAGGGGCCCAGGAGCUUUCCUUCCCACGGGGCGCGGGGGGACGAGAGGGGCCCCAGUCAGGUGCACGAGGCCUGCUUUAACGCCGCGCGGCUGCUCAGUCUGAAGUCUACGGUUUAAAGACGGCUCGGGCGAGGGAGCACAGCUACACCUUCCCUGCUCCUGGGAGCUGUGGGGUGAUGGGGAGACGGGGAGAUGCUCUUUAGGCUGACACCCCAAGGGGCGUCAGACAGCGCUGAGUCCAGGUACGCUCAAGAGCAUCUGGUAUAUUUUGUUCACAGUCUGUUUUCUUGUGCCCUUCAGGUGAACUCCUUGAAAGGUGUGAUUAAAGUGAAUCGUUCCUACAGGAAUGCCAUGACAGGAGAGUCUCUGCUCCUCAGUGCCGCAGCGCUGUGUGUGCGCCAGGCCUGACGGGCAGUCAGCAGCCAGAGGGGUUCUCGUACACUGCUCAUUCUUCACCAACACUUGAGCUGGGCCGGGAGGGGAGGGGCCUGCCCUGUCCCUCUCUCCACGUGGACUCAGCCCCAGACACACCAGAGGCCAGGCCGGUGUCCCCUCCCCAUUCUCACUCAGCCCCACCUCAGGCCCGAAAGCCACUCUCCUGGUUGUGGCACAGCUGGGUGUCUCCUCCAGUCAGCCUCUCUGGCCACACCCUGAUGGGGCAGGGCGGCUUCACUGUGAAUGUCUGUUAAAAGAGUUCCUAGCUGAGUUGCACAUGACUUCAGAUUGCCAGCUUGUUGACUUGGGGUUUUAGACAUCGUUUCACCCUUGAGUUGUGAGCAUUUAUGUAGCAUGCUGUGAAGCGUCUGUUCUAGUUCUUUAACAGUGUUAAUCCAGAACUCCCAGAUUCCCUGGUACUUUUCCUUCAGCGUCAUGGACGCUGUGAGCUGCCUGUGUAGUCCUGAGCACUGUUUGUCCCUUGACUCUGGCCUAACGGGAGGUGGGUGUAGCUCAGCUUCUUCUUCCUGGACAAGGCAUUCCAUCAGAUAAGCUUCAUCAGGUAGGCCAGUGGAGCAGUGGAGAGCUGACGUUGGCCGUGUCCUGUUUAUAGCUGCGACUCUGUAAGCAGCCACCGUGAGUGUGUGCUGACAGCUGUGGCCCCACAGAGCCCCCCGAGCACCCCGCCCACUGUCCUCGAUGUCCUGUCCUGACUCGAGCUGGCCUUAGCAGGUCGGCUUGCGUGCUCAACGCCUCUUUUGUGUUCUGCCUUUGUUCUGAAGGGCUGGGAGACUGAAGGGACUGUUGGUGAGUGUGGAGUCCAGUGCGUUAACAUGUUAACAAUUCAUAACUGCACUUUCGAUGACAUUUUAAAGGUCUGUUUAUAGGUACAGAACAAUGACUUAAACUGUAUCACAUUCAGACAUGCAGAAAUUUAGUUCAUUGUUACUAGAAGGAAUUUUACUGGUUCAAUAAACCGGUAAACCUGAAUCCCAA